AUGCUUAGCUUUUUUAAGGGCAAACAGCUAUUUAAGGUUAGAUCGGGCAACUCAUCGCUGACCAGUGGGCAGAGCAAUUGCCGCUGCACAAAUAGUUUAAGAUUGUACACAGAGAGGGAUAGACUUAUAUUAACGGCAGAGCAGCAGCAGCAGCAGCAGCAGCAGCAGCAACAGCAACAGCAGCAGCAGCAACAGGAACAGGAACAGCAGCGACAACAUCCUCGACAGCGGCGACAGGUGCGCUUGCAUCUGAAUAGUCCCGCAUCGGAUGGCAGCUGGCAUUCGCUGGCGGGACAGGGUGAGCCCGGUGGCAGUCGGGGCCUAAUGAGCUCUGCCAGCUGCACGCAGGUGAAGACGCUCUCCUCGUUUAUCAGCGAGCAUCCCGAGGAGCUGGUUAGCAAUCACAGCAACAGCAACAGCAGCAGCAACAGCAGCAGCAACAACAACAACAACGGCAACGGCAACAAAAAUGGCGGCAAUCAAAAUCAGACAACAAAAUGGAAGAGCCUGCGUGCCGUCAUGGCAUAUUACUGUUCAUUGCGGCGCAUUAAGAGGAACGGUGCUUUUCAAGCUUUAACAUACAGUACAAGAACCCAACUAACUAAGCUUAACUACAACUUUCAACUAAACUAACUAAUCAAGCAACUAUCUAACGUUAUGAUUGCUAAU